AUGAAAUUACUAGUUGUGAUUUUAUUUUCUAGUCUCUUUUGUCUUAUAAAUUCAACAGUCUUUGUGGUUUCUGGCAGCCCUCCGAUCAAGCUUAAGGUAAAACCUGUAGACGAUUCUAUUGAACUUAUUGGGAGAAACCAUGCAAAAAAUGCAAUAAAUGAGAUAUUCCCUAGAAGCAGCUUCCCAUUAUAUGAGCCAUUUACCAGAAUGAAAGGGUUAAGCAUAAGCCCACAAGUGUUAUACUGUUUCCUAUUAAAUAUUUUCUAUAAAAUAAUGCAUUACAAUUUAUUGAUAAAAUCAAUAAAAUUCAUCAUAGAAUUCUCCAAUACAACCCUGUUCUCCACACAAGUAGCCUCAGCCUUUAUAUCAAACAAAUCGAAAAUGAGCAGAAUAUUCAUUCACAGCGAAUUUAUGACAGACUCUUCACAUUUUCGCUUGCAGAACUUGCCAAGAUACUCGUUUUCUCCUGAAACCUCAGUUGAGUUUAAAUUCCUAUUCACCCCAACAGAGUUAGGCAGCCUCAGUGCACAUUGGAUAAUCAAUACAAACUCAACCCCAACGAUUUAUCAGCUAAAAGGAGCCUGUUCCCAAAAUAUCUACAAUCUUGAAGAAAUUAGCAUAGAAUCCUUCGGCAAGCCUAUCCACAAAGACUUUUAUUUGCAUAACCCUCAUUCUGAGUCUAUAUGAGUUGAAUAUAUAGAAUGCCUGGAUUUUCAUAUGAAAAUUGAAUUAGAAAAACCCAAUGAAAAAAUGAUUAUUUAUCCUGGAAAAACAGCAAAAAUAGCCAGAAUUACGUCUAAUUAUAAGAAAGAAGGGGUUUACCACACAAAGUUUCAGCUGAAGCUUUCUCAUGAUAAUUUAUUUAUUCCAGUCACUAUUAGGGUCUAUAACAAUGGGUUAAAUACAAAAAAUAGAUUUAUUUAUUUUGGGGUGAUAAAUGAAAAAGAUUUCACAUAUAAAGCACCUAUUAUAGUAACAAACUAUGGAAAUGAGCCUAUAAACAUACUUGAAUAUAAAUCUUUUAUAUCAAAAGACUAUCUUUCUUUAGAAUUAAACAAAACUUCAAUUAAGGCUAAAGAAAAAGACGAAGUAAUUGGGUACCUUUCAUUUACUUCUUAUGAAGAAGGCGAAUUUUACGGAAAAAUAAAAAUUCCUACCAGCAAAAAUGACCUGAUUAUUGAGUAUUUUUCAAUUGUUUAUUAUAAUAUAAUUGAUUAUAAGCCUGAAUCGCUUUGCUUUGUGGACCAAAAAGACUCUGAAAGACAUGUUUCUUUAUUAAGUAAUAUAGAAAACCCUAUUAUUGUUAAUGACAUCAUAGCUCCAAAAUGGGCAACUUUGCAAUUCCAGCCAGGUGCGUUAAUUUCGCCUUAUCAUUUGGACCCAGAAUUUUCUUUUAAAAUAAACACAAAAUUUGACAAGCCUGACAGUUCUUAUCUCCAAUUAGUCACUAACCUAGGAAUGAUCCCAUUUAAAAUGGUCCAGGACAGGCGCAAUUUGAUUAUUCUUGAAAUUGAUAGCCACGUAGAAUACCCUUUUGAAGGGAAGCUUGACUUUGGGCUUGUCCUGAUGGGCCAAAGCAAAACGAAAUCUUUUGCUAUUAACAACCCCAAUUUGAAUGACGCGAAUAUUACUUUUCAUAUGAAUUCUAGUCAUUAUACCAUAAAAGUGUUAUAUUUCUUAGACUGGGGACAUCAAAAAGGGACUCUUCAUAAGGUUGAUAGAAGCUUGUCUAUAAAUCCUACACAUUUAACUAUAAAAUCAGGGUUCACUGUGUAUAUGGAGCUGAAUUUAAUAAUUGUGCCAGAAAUCCAGCCACCUAUAAAAGUCCAAACUCCAAUGGGCGACCUUCAUAUUCCGAUUUCAUAUAAAUCUUUAUCAUGCACUUUAGAGCUGCAUCCUAUUAAUUUCACAGACCUUUUGCCAGGAGUUACAAGUUCACGGCCAAUCAUAAUAAAAAAUACCUGUGAAUAUGACCUAAAAGUUACGUAUAUAGAGACUGACCAAGCAUUUUUGCGCCCAGAAAUUGUGAAUUAUACGAUACCGUCAGGAAAAGAAGUUUCAAUAGGUUUUAUUCAUUUUAUCCAGCGCUAUAACUUAGAAAAUGACCCUGUCGUGGACUAUUCAGUUUUUCCGACAUAUGGAGAUUUAUCUGUAUGGAAAGAAAAGAAAAAAACGCCAGCUUUUAAAGAAGCUGUAGGGAGGAUUAAUAUAAAAACUGACGUAGGGUCUGAAAUAUCGUCAUCUAUUUAUUCAUCGUUUAAGGAGCCUUAUAUAGGUGUGGAUUUCAAAAAUAAUUAUGGAAUUGUUGAGGUAAACUCAAGGGUGCAGAAUGAUGUAAAUGUUACAAAUCCGACUGAUUAUCCGCUGCUAGUGCAGCUUAUAUUGGCACCGAAUUAUAUAUUCCAUAAUAAAUUAUUAGUAAUUAUUUUUAAAAAAAACAAUAUUUUAGUAUUAAUUCAGCUUAAAAAUGAAUAAUAAAGGAACUUAAACAUAUAGAAUGUGAAAUUCAGGAAAAUAAAACAUGGUAUACUGAUGAAGAAUUCGACAAUAUUCAUCCGUUUGUAUUAAAAGAACACUCAUAUAAAGUAUGUGCUAAAACUCACCCAGAAGAAAUCCCAAUUGUUGACCAUAUUAAUGAAGAAGUAGCCAAACCUAUUAUGAGGAGACUUACAAAUUUUUCAUUUUUUUCAAAAAUCAUGUGGGCGAUUAGUGCAUUUUUUGAGGAGCCAAAAUAUUAUAUCAAGCCUAAGCUGCCGUCAAAUAUACUGCAUUGUAUAUGUCAUGAUUGGUGUGAGGAUGAGUGCUCGCUUUAUAGUGAUACAGAAGUGGAUAUAUUCUCUUUAUACAUGAUUAUUAGCUUUUUCUAAUAUUUUUAUUAUAUAUUUUACCGUCAAAAUUCCUUAUUUAUAGAGAAAAAGCAUAUUAACCUCUCAAGGAUUUUAUAUUUCUUCUAAAGCUCCUACCAUUCUUCCACCCCACUCUUCAAUUAUCAUUGGGUCUGUUUAUUUCCAGCCUUCAAUCACUGGCAAAUAUAACGCUACUUUGCUAAUCAGAAACAAUUAUACCUUUUUUGAAGAAAAAAUCAUCGUUGGAGAAGCAGUCGCAUCAAGCCUUGUUUUCUAUAAUAAAGCUGAAAAAGACUCCACAACCUGCAGCACUGUUGAGCGUAAAGGUUUAUCUGAAUUUAUUUUCAGCGUGUCUAUGGACGAAAUUGAAAAUUUUGUAAAUUCAGUCAAAUUUCCUAUAAACAAUUUCAAAUUUAAUAGGACUCUUGAGCUUUGGAACAAUGGGAAUUAUCCAGCGACUUUACAAACAAUUUUACUUGAAGGGUAUUCUUGCAGUAUGUACGGCAUAGAAAUUCCAGAUUGCAAAAAAGAGAGAGUUAUAGAGCCUCAGAGUCAUAUUGAUAUCAAUAUUUUAUUUUCCCCACAAUUCGAUCAGCCUCAUAUCAAGCUUAACAUUUGGCUUAUAACAGACCGAGACAUGUACUAUUUCCCUCUAGAAGUAAUAGUCCCUGACGAUUUUUCAAAUAAAAACACUUUUAGCGUAUUUACUUUCCCUCUCUCCCAAGAAAUGAUUAUUAUCUGUUAUACCAUUUCUAUAUCUCUUCUCGCGACCACAUAUUUCCAAGUUUCUAUUUAUAUACCUAAUUUUCAUAAAUAAAAUCAUUCGUAGUGGUAGCCCUUAUCUUAUUUUCAUAUAAUAACAGCUAAUUCUAAUUAUGUAUAAGAAAAAAAAGCCUACAACCGCGACUUCUCCUAAAGAUAAAGCUAUAACUUAUAUAGUAAGAUACAUGCCAACAAAAUAUGACAAACCUAUUUUUGAAGAUACCAGAGAACAAUUAGCCUCUAAAAUGACGGCAGCUGAAGAAACUCCUUCAAAAGCCCACCAAGAAGAAGAAUUUGUAGAGGAAAGAAAUAGAAAAUCCCAAAAGAAGCUGUCUAAAGCUUUCAAAAAGAGAUUCGGGUUUGACCAGAUUGAAGACUCAAAUGAAGCACCAUCCUUGCCACAAAUUAUUGCGACAAAUCAGCUUUUAAACAGCAGAAUUGUGGCGAAGACUGAAGAGUCUCAGUCAGAAGAAGAGCCAAAACCAGAAGAAAAUGACUUCUUUAUUGACUCUUAUAAAAUGAAUAAUAUGCUGUUUUCAGGUCCUGGGGGGGAUUUUGGGAGCUAUGACUUUGAUUUUAACUCAGAAGACUCUAAUUAA